UCCUAAAUAUUUGAAAAAUUCACUUCAAGAGAUGAUUUUAUUAUCCAUUUCUCGGAAGAGAAAAUCCCAAAAGGAACUAACAUGGCUUGUGUUUCAAAGUAAUAUUUCAAUUUUGUGUGUCAUAAUUCGAACGUAUAUCACUAAAACUUGAAAUAUAGAGGCACCAGUUAUGUGGAUAGCUAAAUAUAAUAGAGGAUAUACUACUUACGAUCUUUUUGAUGGUGAAAUAAGUUAUAAAUAAGUAGAAGUAUUUAGUAUAAAUAAGAGAGUGGUUAUAUAUGAUUGUUUUUAACUCACCCUCAACUUGCCUCCUAACUAGAUUAACAUAAAUGUUAUACAUAUCUUGCUAAAUCUACAUGUAUAUUACAUCCAUUUAAUGUUUAGAAAUUAAAGCAUAAUGGUAAGGUUGAGUUUCGAUUGCAUCCAAUGGCAGCCAUACCAAGUAAUUGGCUCGCCCAUUGACAUGGGGAUGACUUAUUGGGUCCACGCCUUUGUUGCUUUAAUCAAGUUGCUUAGCCACAAAUAAAACAUGCACCAGUACGUGCAUGUGCUGCUAGUAGUAUGCAUAGUAGUAUGAACUGAUUGAAGUCUAGAAGCUGCCGGCCAUGAAGGAAAUCACAGCAUGCAACACGCUGCAAGGAGAUAAACGUGCAUGGUAGGUGAGCUUGACAUUUUAGUUUGCAUAGUCAAAUAUUCACACAUAGAAGGCUUGUAAGUGAGCUGGUAUGUGCAGCUCACUAGUAGUAUAAAUAGGGCACCUUUGUACUAGUUUUAAGCACACCAAGUAGUAAGAAACAAGUGAAAAAAAGCAGCAGCACUUGAGCUGCACCAAAAUACUACUCGUGUCACUCCAUUCCAUUGGAGUUUGAGUGCGUGUGUUCCAAGUGAUCAACAUGUGAGUAGCACAGCUCUUAGUAGUAGGAGCUAACAGCCUUUGGUGUCCCUAACAUGGAUCCAACAAGGAGCCUGCAAAGCCCAUGAAGAAACAAAAUCUAGUGCCUUGUUUGGGCUGGUGCUUCAGCUUAUACUGCUUCUGGGUCUUCAAAAGCAGUAGUUCAGCAAAACACCUAACUAAUGCGGAUGGGCUUCCACAAGCGCUUGUCUAUUUUGUACCCAAAAACAACAAGCCGCUAGAAGCACCUCAAGAGAUUACACGGGAUGAGAGAGCCAAACGGAUAAGGUUUCCGUCCACCUGCGUGCGGCCGCUGCUGACCUCCCUGGACAUGUCACCAUCGGAAACUCGGCCUCCUUGCUUUCUCACCUACAAACUUGGCCACGUGCAGGCCGGCGCUCGCGCCACCCGCGACCAUGCGCCGGCCAGAGUUCUCGGCAGCCCACGGCUUUGCCGGACGGAGCUCGCGUCAACGCCCGCUGCCUGCCUGAUUCUCCUGCCCCUAGUCUCCUCUUCCCCGGCCAUCUUCCACCCGUGAAGCAGCUGUUGUCCAAUCCAUUACGACCCAUUCUUUGUGUUCUUUUCUAGUUCAUCUAAUGGUUAUUGCUGUUACAGCAUGUCUAACAGGCCCCGUAUAACCCGUCCACCCCGUAAAAUUCCGGCGGGAUACGGGGCCGGAGCGAUUUUGGGCGUCUAGCAGGCCCCGUAUUCGGGCCGGCCCGUUUCGGCGGAAUACGGGCCCCAGAAAAUCGGCCCCGUCGCCCCGUACUUAUAGUGGGCGUAGGUGCCAGUGAGGGGUUAACCCCUCACUCGCAACCCUAGCUCCGCCGUGCGCUGCCGCCUCCUCCUCCUGCUCCGGCGAGCAAUUAGUCGCUCCCCCGCGCCGCAUUCCACCCCAAAGCCUGCAUGGACUCCCGCCGCCGCAGUAGCGCCUCGCCGGCGAGCGGAUCGAAGCGAUCCCGCUCGCCAGACACCGUGGAGGAAGCGUGGCGGCUGCAAUGCAAAAGAUCCACCGCCGGCAGCCGUCGCGCGGCCUGCAAGUACGACGGCGCCGCGUACGUCCCUGAGAAGCUCAUCGACUUCGCGCGGGGCGGCCGCUGGUACUACGAGGACCCGCCGCUCAAGCCGAUGAGCGGCCCGAAGUUCUCGGCGUGGCUCGCCGAGUGGGAGCGCCAGCGCCGGGUGAGCGAGGCGUGGAGGGCCACCAUCGGGAGCACCAGCGGCGGAGGUGCCCCGCUCGCCGGGGAGGAGGAGGAGGAAGACGAGGACGCCGCCUUCGAGAAGGCGAUCCAAGACUCCCUCAAGGACGCCGCCGAGAAGGACAAGGCGGAGGAGGAAGAAAGGGCGGCGGCCAUCGCCGCCGUGCAGGAGGCGGAGGCGCGGGAGGCGCAGGCGCAGGCACAGGCGGCGACCAUCGUCUACCUCUCCGACUAGAAGUCGCGAUCCAUGAUCGCGCAUUUUGUAUGUAGGUACGUCGAUUCCUAUGUAUGAUCGACGAACUAUGAUGAAUGAAAGUUUCCCGGGGUUUUAAAUUUACAAAUAUACGGGGUCAAAUACGGGUUCUGCUAGACGGAGCGGUGUCUGAUCGACCAUUUUUUUUAUACGGAGCGAAAUUCUA